GGCACACGCUGUUGGGACCGGAGCCAAUAAAGCGAUAGUGCUCGCCACACGCUGCUGCGUGGGAUGCUCCCACCACGCUCCCUCCUCUCCCUUUCAAUUCCUAUUCUAAUUCCCCUUCUCCAGUCGAAUCGCACCCCGCCUUCCCCGCUUCUACGAACCCUUGUUGAUUCUGAACAACUCUCUCUCUCUCUCUCCGUCAUCUCUUCCCUCUUCCUUGUUCUCUCCGACGACCCCCAAAUCGGUUCCAGGCUUGAGAUUCUGUAGCUUAAAUAUGGUUACGGAGCCUCCCUCUUCUAUAGCUGAACAACCAGUUGGCGGGUCAAUCCCCAAUAAAAAGGACACAAGAAAAGUGCCAAAGAAAGAACACAAAGCUAAGAGAGAAAAGCUGAAACGUGAUCAUUUAAAUGAGCUCUUUUCAGAGCUGGGCCAUGCACUGGAACCAGCGAGGCAGAAUAAUGGCAAGGCCUCUAUAUUAGGUGAUGCCACUCGAUUACUACAAGAUCUCAUUGCACAGGUAGAGUCCCUCAGGAUGGAAAAUGCUGCUUUGGUGACUGAAUCUCAAUAUGUUGCUGUGGAAAAGAAUGAGCUGAAAGAUGAGAACACGGUCCUCGGAGCUGAGAUCGAGAGACUGCAAAAUGAGCUACAUGAGAGGAUGCAGUCCAAUCCUGUGUGGCAUGAUGGAGAAGAGGUGGCUCCUCCUGCUCCGCCACAACCCACAACCGCUGCACUGCCAAUGCAGCAGCCACCUGUCGGAGCCCUUUAUGUCAUCCCCCUCCACCAAGAGCUCCAUCCCUUCUCAGAGGCUGCCAACACACCAGCUCCUCCGAAACCCCCCUCUCAUGUGAGGAGGCCACAUGCCAGAUAUCCCACACCAUCAGAUUCCUGGCCACUGGAGCUUCUUUCAAGGCGUCAAAGAGCAGCCCAUGAAGCGCAGCACAAGGGCAAUAGCAGCAGCAUGACAUCUAACACCAGGGAAGAAGGCGUAGAUGAAGUGUAAGUUAGUAGUAUGGUCUGUCUGAGAGUUGUACAUGAACACCCUGACACUCUAUCUCAGUAUGGAGAGCAUUAGUCAUUAGAACUUGAAGAUAGCAUCAUAUCGAUGAUGAUGAUGAUGAAGAAUGCAUUAAGUUGAUGAGAAAGGAUUUAUAAUUAUAUGCAUGCAGCUGGAGCAGUGUAUCUUUGUGAAAUUUUGAAAUUUGAAUUCAGGCAUGUCUGCAUGCAGUUCU